AUGGCCUUCAAUGACCUCCUGCUGCAGGUUGGGGGCAUCAGCCACUUCCAGCAGAUCCAGACCACUCUGUUGAUUCUGCCCCUGCUCCUAACAUUUUUGCACAACACCCUGCAGAACUUCACCAUUGCCAUCCCCACCCACCGCUACCGCUGCCGCCCGCCUGCCGACACCAACCUCAGCAAGGACGGGGAGCUGGACGCCUGGCUGACCCGGGACGGGCAGAGGCGGCCCAAGUCCUGCCUCCGCUUCACCACCCCUCAGCCGGGACCAUCCUUUCCCAAUGGCACAGAGACCAACAGCACGGAGGCCACAGAGCCCUGCACCCACGGCUGGAUCUGUGACAAUAGCACCUUCCCUUCCACCAUCGUGACUGACUGGGACCUCGUGUGCACACACAAGACCUUGCCACAGCUGAGUCAGUCCAUCACCAUGGCAGGAGUACCGGUCGGAAACUUGAUGUUGGCGAUCAUGGCAGACAGGCUGGGCUUCCAGAAGGUGCUGAUCUGGAGCUACCUGCAAUUAGCAGUCUCAGGGACCUGUGCUGCCUUUGCACUCAACUUCACAACCUACCGCGCUUUCCAUUUCCCCUCAGGCAUGGCUGCAUGGCUGUCGGGUGCCAGCAGCACUUCCAUGACUUUGAAUCUGGAGUGGUUGCCCAUCCAUGCCCGGCCAGGUCUGGGUCUCUUAUUUGGAUUUGUUCCCACUGUAGGCCAGCUCUUCCUGGCUGGCAUGGCUUAUGCUGUGCCCCACUGGUGCCCCUUGCAGCUGUUGGUCUCUCUGCCCCUCUUCGUCAUCCUCAUCUCCUCCAGGUUCUUCAUUGAGUCUGCCCUCUGGCAUUCCUCCUUAGGGAAGCUGGACCUCACCCUGAAGGCCCUGCACAGAGUGGCCCAGAUCAAAGGUAAACAGAAAGAGGGUGUCAAGCUGAGUGUGGAGCUGCUCCGAAUGAGUCUGCAGAAGGGCCUGACCAUGAGCCGAGCCUGGCCCUCGACGCUGCAGCUGCUGUGCUCCCCUGCCGUCCGCCAGCUCUUCCUCUGUAUCAUACCACUGUGGUUUGUACUCCUUUUCAGCUUCUACAGCUUGAUCAUGAGUCUGCAAAGUUUUGGGAUCAACAUCUACCUGACCCAGGUGCUCUUCACAACUGCGGACCUACCAUUUUAUUUCCUGGGCUUUCUGACCACCAAAUCACUUGGCUGCAAGCAUACCCAAAUGGGCUCCUUGCUGCUGUCAGGGAACUUCAUUCUGACCUGUGCAAUGAUACCCCUGAUGAAUCAGGUAUUCCUCCCCAUCACGAUGGCAGUGUUAGGAAAAGGCUGUUUGACUGGACACAUGAACUGCCUCUUAAUGUACACAGGAGAGCUGUACCCCAUAGUAACGCGGCAGAGAGGUCCGAGCGUGACAACCACCUUGGCCAACACAGGCAGCAUUCUGAGCCCACUGCUGGGCAUGACCUCUGAGCUCUACCCUGCCCUGCCUCUCUUCAUCUAUGGAGGUCCUGUGGCUGCCUGCCCCAUCACUCUUCUCCUGCCAGAGACUCUGGGGCUGCCACAGCCCAACACACUGCAGGACCUGGAGAGAAGGUGGAAAGAGAAAUCGGGGUACAAGCAGCAGAGCGGCAGGUGGUCCCACUCCAGUCCUCCUGAGAACUGA